AUGAGGUUCACCGAGAAUGCACUGCUCCUUGGAGCGUUACAGUUUACUGCUAGUCUUGCAGAUGCUGCUCCUGCAGGCUGCUACCGUCUGCCAGGUGAUGCCGAUUGGCCAGCUACUGAAGCAUGGUCGAUCCUCAACUCAACUGUCAAUGGAAAGCUUGUAGCUACUGUCCCCAUCGGUUCGCCAUGUCACGACCCAACAUACGAUGCCGACGCUUGUAGCGCGUUGAAGUCAGAAUGGCUAAACCCUCUUACCCAUACUCCGUCCUCGCAUUCGGUUAUGCAAUCCUACUUCGCCAAUCAGAGCUGCGAUCCAUUCUCCGAUAGGAGCAUCCCUUGCACCCUGGGCAACUAUGUUUCAUAUUCUGUCAAAGCCACUGAGGCAAAGGAUGUCGUCUCUGCUCUUAAGUUUGCCAAGGAUCAGAACAUUCGUGUUGUUGUUCGCAACACUGGUCAUGACUUUCUUGGUCGCUCCACUGGAGCCGGCGCUCUUGCUAUCUGGACGCAAAGUCUUAAGAGCAUCACCUUUGGUGACUGGUCGGACAAGUACUACACUGGCCCGUCCGUCACUGUGGGUGCAGGUGUCAUGGGUAAUGAGUUGCUAGAGGCGGCACACAAGCAAAACAUGAGUGUUGUCUCUGGCGAAUGCGCCACUGUUGGUCUGGCUGGUGGAUUCACCCAAGGUGGUGGUCACAGUGUUCUCAGCACUGCCUUUGGUCUUGGUGCUGAUCAGACCUUGUCUUUCAACGUCGUUACUGCUGAAGGCAAGACUCUCACUGCUUCAGCAACCGAGAACUCUGAUCUCUACUGGGCUCUCAGCGGAGGCGGCGGUGGCACAUACGCCGUUGUACUUUCAAUGACCGUCAAGGCAUACCCGUCCAAGACGGUUGGCGGUGCUGCUAUGCAACUCUUGGCAUCAUCUACCACCCCAGAGAAGUUUGCCGCAGCCACUUCCAAGCUUAUCGAACUUCUUCCAGGAAUGGUUGAUGCUGGUGCUAUGGUGGUCUUCUUGGUCUCCACCCAGUACAUUGUCCUCAAGCCUGUCACUGUUUGGGAUUCGACGGCCGCGUAUGUCAAGGACACUGUGCUUGCGCCUUUUGCAAAGGCUCUUACAGACCUUGGCAUUACCCCACCAAUUGUCUACAGUGAGCUCUCUUACCGCGACCACUACGACCGUUACAUGGGUCCUCUCCCACGCGGAGCCUAUGAGGUCAACAGGUAUCAGUUUGGCGGUCGUCUUAUUCCUCGCGAUGUUGUGGAGAACAACACUGCAGACCUUGUCAAGGUCUAUCAAGAGCUCAUUGCAGAGGGUGUCUUGCUUGCUGGUAGUACAGCCAAUUACAAGAAGCCCGCUGGAAACCCACCCAACGGUGUAUUCCCAGCAUGGCGAAAUGCUUUGAUUCAACAACAACUCAUCACAAACUGGAACUCCACCGCUCCGUGGGCCACCAUGGAGGCAGACCAGCAGAAGAUGACUACCCAGCUCAUGCCCAAGCUCGAAGCCGUUACUCCAGGCAGUGGCGCAUACCUGAACGAGGCUGAUUUCCAGCAGCCCAACUGGCAAGAUACAUUCUUUGGUGCCAACUAUCCCAAGCUGAAGGCUAUCAAGGCCAAGUACGACCCCAGGGGUGUUUUCUACAUCCUGAAGGGUGUUGGUAGCGAGGCGUGGAAAGUCAGCAAAGAUGGUCGCAUGUGCCGUGCUUAA